ACGCGCGCGCCCGCAACCAUGCACCGGCGCGCUGGACCCGCUGCUCCUAAUUCACAGCAGCAGCGGAGCGAGAGGCCGAGAGAAGCGCCAGGAAACCAACAGAAAUAAAGACUCGACUGCAACCUGUGGAAAGAGUGAGGAGCAACAUCUGGACGAAUUCUAGCACCAGCAAUUUAAAAAACAUCUCCAGGAACAGAGUGGGAGAAGACUUCAUGUUGACAGGGUCUCCUUACUGCCCACAUUCUGCUGCAUUUUUCUUCCAAGAGGAGAGUUGGGGCGUUAGGAACUGUGGCUGACCUGCGGCCAUGCACCACUUAAGGACUACAGUUGCGAGGCUUGGGCCUUUAGCUGCUGCACAGACAGCCCAGAUCGCGCCACAGUCCCGACUGUUGGCGCUGGAAAGAGGCACAAGGACGUUUCAGCCUGUGAGGAGCCUGAGAGCGUCUGUAGCUGCUGAACCUUUUCUCAAUGGAACCAGUUCCAACUAUGUGGAGGAGAUGUACUACGCCUGGCUGGAGGAUCCUAGGAAUGUGCAUAAGUCUUGGGAUAUUUUCUUUCGGAAUGCAAAUGCUGGAGCGCCUCCCGGUGCGGCGUACCAAAGCCCUCCGCCACUCAGCGGGCCUUCUGACGGAACGAUGGGCGUCCGGGCGCUGGUGGGAGCUCAGCCCAAUGUGGAAAAACUGGUGAAAGACCACCUGGCAGUGCAGUCACUGAUUAGAGCCUACCAGGUACGGGGCCAUCACAUCGCCAAGCUGGACCCCCUCGGUAUCAGCUGUGUGGACUUCGAUGACGCUCCGUGUACUGUUGGCUUUCAAAAUGUUGGUUUGUACGGCCUGACUGAGGGUGACCUGGACAAGGUGUUCCGGCUUCCUGCCAGCACUUUCAUUGGCGGCAAUGACAGCGCUCUACCACUCAGAGAGAUCAUUCGCCGCCUUGAGAUGGCCUACUGUCAGCAUAUCGGGGUGGAGUUCAUGUUCAUAAAUGACUUGGAGCAGUGCCAGUGGAUCCGGCAAAAGUUUGAAACUCCAGGAAUCAUGCAGUUUUCCUUGGAAGAGAAGAGGACUCUGCUGGGCAGGAUGAUCCGUUCCACCAGGUUUGAGGAGUUCCUUCAGAGGAAGUGGUCUUCAGAGAAACGCUUCGGCUUGGAAGGCUGCGAGUCGCUCAUCCCGGCCCUGAAGACCAUCAUUGACCGGUCCAGUCAGUGCGGAGUGGAGAGCAUGAUCCUGGGAAUGCCUCACAGAGGGAGGCUGAACGUUCUGGCCAAUGUUAUCCGGAAAGACCUGGACCAAAUCUUCUGUCAGUUCGAUUCCAAGCUGGAGGCUGCUGACGAGGGCUCAGGAGAUGUGAAAUAUCAUUUAGGCAUGUAUCACAGGAGGAUGAACCGAGUCAGUGACAGGUACAUCACCCUGUCGCUCGUGGCCAACCCGUCCCACCUGGAGGCCGUGGACCCAGUGGUGCAGGGGAAGACCAAAGCUGAACAGUUUUACUCUGGAGACACCGAGGGGAAGAGGGUGAUGUCUAUUCUGCUCCACGGAGAUGCUGCGUUCGCAGGCCAGGGAAUUGUGUACGAGACGUUCCACCUUUCAGACCUGCCGUCCUACACCACCCAUGGCACCAUCCAUGUGGUGGUGAACAACCAGAUUGGAUUCACCACAGACCCCAGGAUGGCCCGCUCAUCUCCCUACCCAACAGACGUGGCCCGAGUCGUGAACGCACCGAUCUUCCAUGUCAACGCAGACAACCCGGAGGCCGUGAUGUUUGUGUGCAACGUAGCGGCAGAGUGGAGGAACACGUUCCAUAAGGACGUCGUUGUAGAUCUGGUUUCCUACAGGCGUAACGGCCACAAUGAGAUGGAUGAGCCGAUGUUCACCCAGCCGCUGAUGUACAAGCAGAUAAAGAAGCAGAAAGGAGUCUUGCAGAAGUUUGUAGAGAAGCUCGUUGCUGAAGGAGUUAUCACAACACAACACUACGAGGAGGAAGUGGCUCGAUACGACAAAAUCUGUGAGGACGCUUUUGCUCACUCCAAAGACGAGAAGAUCCUCCACAUCAAACACUGGCUGGACUCUCCCUGGCCAGGUUUUUUCACUCUGGAUGGUCAACCUAAAACUAUGAGCUGUCCUUCCACUGGUAUUCGAGAAGAUGAGCUCUGUCACAUUGGAAACGUCGCAGCCUCUGUCCCAUUGGAAGAUUUCAUGAUACAUGGAGGGUUGAGCCGUAUUCUGAAGGGACGUGCACAUAUGGUGAGCAAGCGAGUGUGUGACUGGGCCCUCGGAGAGUACAUGGCCUUCGGCUCUCUGCUCAAAGAAGGCAUCCACGUGCGUCUCAGUGGACAGGAUGUAGAGAGGGGGACGUUCAGCCAUCGACAUCACGUUCUCCACGACCAGAAUGUGGAUAAGAGGAUCUGCAUCCCGAUGAACUCCAUCUCCCCUGAUCAGGCUCCCUACACUGUGUGCAACAGCUCCCUGUCUGAGUACGGAGUCCUGGGUUUUGAGCUCGGCUUCGCCAUGGCCAGUCCCAACGCUCUGGUUCUGUGGGAGGCCCAGUUUGGAGACUUUCACAACACGGCCCAGUGCAUCAUCGACCAGUUCAUCAGCUCCGGACAGGCAAAGUGGGUCAGACAGAACGGCAUAGUGCUGCUGCUGCCGCACGGCAUGGAGGGCAUGGGUCCAGAGCAUUCAUCUGCCCGUCCUGAGAGGUUCCUACAGAUGUGCAAUGACGACUCAGAUGUUUUUCCUAAAGUCACAGGGGACUUUGCAGUGCAUCAGCUUUAUGACUGUAACUGGAUUGUGGUGAACUGCUCCACUCCUGCAAACUACUUCCAUGUCCUGCGCAGGCAGAUCCUGCUGCCCUUCAGGAAGCCUCUCAUUGUGUUUACACCAAAGUCGCUGCUGCGCCACCCAGAGGCCAAAUCGAGUUUUGAUGACAUGCUGCCUGGUACCCACUUCCAGCGCCUCAUCCCGGAUGAGGGGCCCGCAGCUGUUGGCCCCCAGAACGUGAAGAGGGUAGUUUUCUGCACAGGCAAGAUUUACUACGACCUCAUCAGAGAGCGUAAGAGCAGAGGCCUGGAGGAUGCCGUCGCCGUCGUCCGCAUCGAGCAGCUGUCUCCAUUCCCCUUCGACCUGGUGAAAGCUGAGGCUGAUCAGUACCAGAACGCCGAUCUGGUUUGGUGUCAGGAGGAGCAUAAGAACCAGGGUUACUACGACUACGUCAAGCCCCGCCUCCGUACGACAUUGAACCGCACGCGCCCCAUCUGGUAUGCUGGCCGUGAGCCAGCUGCAGCUCCAGCCACUGGAAACAAACACAGUCACGUGACGGAGCUUCAGCGUUUACUGGACGCAGCCUUCGAUCUGGAAACUUCCCCAGGGAAACUGUAACGGCCCCAGAACGCCACAGCCCAGCCCAGACCGGACUGUUUACACCGUUACCAUGAAGACCGUGUGUUCACAGUGAGACACGAUGCCGAAGGAAAACUACAGGACCACUGAUUCAUUUAAUGAUUUUGGUGAAAUAUUUGCUGGCACACAGAAUAAUAAUAAUUAGUUAAAGAAUAUUUAAAUAUUACAAGGAAAAUCUAAACCUCAGAAACUAAGAAAAGAGAACAGCCAAAUUGGUAACCUGGUAAAAACUUUUAUUUGUGUGGCUCUCUGUUUGUACCGUUUGCCUCCCAACCAGCAAAAAUAUGAAUUAUGGUUUUACAGGAAUUUGACUGAGAAAAAUCAGAUAGAAGAAAAUGACAUUUAAUAUUUUAGAAAUUUUAGAGAGGUUGUUUGGACAGACGGAAUUGAUUUCUACUCAAUUAUUUUGAAAAAUUGCCAACUAAUCAUUUAAGGGACAGUAUUAUGCAAAAUGACGUAGUAUCAGAAAAAGCAGGAGUUUUUAAAGAGACAGAGGUUCAACUUCAAGGCGUUACAUUCCAAAGUCAAAUUUUUUAGUCAUAUUUGCAUAUUUGAGGUCACAUUUUUAUAACCACUGAAGGUAUCAUAGUUACCUGAUUGUGCUAUAAAAUGAUCCUGUGUGCCUGGAAAAUUUAUAACCCCGACCCUUUAACUGGACUUUGAAAUCAAGAUUCCCGGAUUUAAACUUUUACUGUUUCAAAUCCACAAAGCAAUUUAAAGUCUUAUAAUGAAAUGUCAGUGUUGGAAUGACUGGUAUUCAACUGUAUUUCCCCCUCCCUCACCUGUUGCUGUGCUGUCAGUGGUUUUUUUUUUCCCCUCUUACUGCAUAAAAGCUGUUUCAUUUAUUUGAAAAUGUUUGAAAACUCCACAUCUAUGCAGCGGCCAGCUACAUGUUAGCAAGCUAACAUCUCUUCAGUAGACUCCAGAAUGGAAAUGAUGACAUUUUGCACAAUAAGUUCACUUAUUUAAAAAAGAAAACACUAAAACUGCCACUUUUUCAUUUUACAGUUUGUCUUCAACUAAUCUGUUCAUGUGCUUUAAAAAGAGCCGUUAAAAUGAUCUGCUCAUAUAAACACAAAUGAAAAAAGUACGACUGAACCCUUAAAGUUCUAAAUAUCUGGUUUAGCUAAAGGAAACCGAUAUAUGGGUUAUCUGUGUCAUGGAUCAAAACAAUCAAAUACCGGUACGUGUUAUAGAUAACACUACUAAUUAAUAUUUACAUAUCAUUUUAAUAGCACAGAGGAUAUUUUGUUGCCGUUUUAUUAUGAAUAAAAGCAGUCAGAUAAUUUUUUUUCAAUUUUUAUUUGAAAAUGUUUUUUGUUAGUAUCAUCAAACGUUCAUGGGAAGAUCUACUGCUCCAUGCAUACAGCUAACUAUGAGAUGAGGGUUUCUGGAUAAAAAUGCAACACUGAGCAUCAGGAAUUGUUUGACACACUGAGCUAUGAGCUAAUAUAGCAGAAGAAUGUUUGGUAAAAAAAAAAAGUUUUAUUGGAAGUUCAACAUCUCAAGCAGCCUCUGAGUUACAAAGUCAAGCUUAGGAGCUGAAGACGCUUCUUAUUGCUUUUUUUUUUUCCCAGUCCAAAACAUCACUCUUUAAGGUCUACUUGUACCAGAUUAUAGCAUGUCUCUAUGGAAACGUCACAGAAUUGAUGCAGAUAUGUCAGUAAACACACAAUCUCUGAAUUAAAGCAUGUAUUUAUUAUCAUUUGUUGCUGCCUGUUUUAAUGUUUUGAA